CACAACACACAAUAAACUCAAGUUAACUCUGUUUACUCUCACACAGAAAUUAACUUAGUACGAAGAUGAUAGCAUCCAAAUUACAAGGGGCAAUUGUUAACUGCCAUUCCAGAAUAAGUAGGCAGAAAAUUGUGCCCAAAGAGCGCGCCAGCUCAGUGGUGGCUCAAGCUGUGGUCACUCAAGAAACCUUUAAGGUUCCUGAUUUAACCGUUACCUAUUUACCUCCAACAACCACACCUUUGAUAGAGAAGGCCAUGGAAAUUGUAGAGACAAAAGAGCUCACCGCUACCAAUCCUGGAAAAUUUGGUAGGUUUGGAGGCAAGUUUGUUCCCGAGACACUUGUAGCGUGUUUGAGCCAGCUUGAAGAUGAGUUCAAAAAGGCCCUCCGUGAUGAAGAUUUUCAGGCAGAGCUAGCGGCGGCACUAAGAGACUAUGCUGGAAGAGAGACACCUCUGUAUCAUGCUCAGAGGCUGUCGGAGUAUUACAAGAGCAAGAAUAAUGGGAAAGGGCCAGAGAUAUACUUAAAGAGAGAGGAUCUCAACCACAGUGGCUCCAACAAGAUGAACAAUGCUCUUGCUCAAGCCAUGAUUGCUAAGCGCAUGGGUUGCAAGAGCGUCGUCACCGCUACCGGCUCUGGACAACAUGGCCUUGCAACUGCUGCAGCAUCCGCAAAACUUGCUUUGAAGUGCACCGUCUUCAUGGCCGCCAAAGACAUGGAAAAACAAUCUUCAAAUGUGAAGUUGAUGAAGCUGUUAGGAGCUCAGGUUGAAGGUGUUGAUGGAGGGUUUAAAGAUGCAGCAUCAGAGGCGUUUCGAUGUUGGGUGGGAGACUUAGAAAACAGUUAUCACUUGAGGGGUACAGCGGUGGGACCACACCCGUGUCCGACAAUGGUGCGUGAGUUUCAGUCGGUGGUAGGGAAAGAAACGAGGAUGCAAGCAUGGGAAAAAUGGGGAGGGAAGCCAGAUGUUCUUGUUGCAUGCGUAGGAACAGGGUCUAAUGCUUUGGGUCUGUUCCACGAGUUCGUAGAAGAUGGUGAUGUAAGGCUUAUAGGAGUUGAAGCAGGUGGUUUGGGUUUGGAGAGUGGAAAACAUUCUUCAACGUUGGCCGCAGGAGAAGUGGGUGUUUAUCAUGGUGCUGUCAGCUAUUUACUGCAGGACGAGGAUGGGCAAAUUCUUGGACCACAUUCCAUUGCCGCUGGGAUGGAGUACCCAGGAGUUGGUCCAGAGUUGAGCUUCCUUAAAGAAAGUGGACGUGCGGAAUUCUGCGUCGCAACUGAUCAAGAAGCCCUUGAUGCGUACGAAAGAAUAUGCAAAUUAGAGGGCAUAUUUCCAUCCCUGGAAGCCGCACAUGCUUUGGCCAUUUUAGGAAAGUUGGUCCCUACUUUAAACGACGGUAGUAAGGUGGUUGUGAACUGUAGUGGGCGUGGAGAUAAGGACGCAGCUAUAGUCUUCGAUCGUGGACUAUUUGAUCGAGAAUGAUAGUGUACCGGUGUCAAACUUCUACAAGUUGCAUCAAAAGUUGGAAACCUAAAUCCAAGUUUACCUGACAAAGUUUGACAUGUACAAUGUUAUAAAUGCUAUAAACAUGCACCAAAAAAUGUGCAUAUAGUGGAUGCAUAUGCUAGGAAGUCAUAAUUGAGUAUUUCGGCCUGAACUUUCGGCCCCACCGUUUAAAUUUAUUAGCAUUAUUGGAAGUUGGAAUAUAAAUAAAAUCGUAAAGUUCAAUUACUUUUACUAAAAGUCCAGUCCAGUAUUAUUUUAGGUAUCAGUCAAGUCUAAUGCUUAAAAGUUUUAUACUGGAGUUAUUGU